UCAAAUCGAUCAAAAAUAGAAACACGUAAAAAUUAAACUUUGAAACUUUUGAUACGAUAAUUUUAAUUCACAAGUUAUUAUUACUUAUAUAUAUCACAUCAUUACUCGGUAACAACAUCGCCAAAUUCUGAUGUUGUGACAUCAUGGUUUUACAAAAUACCGGCAAGUUUAGAAAUGACAAAAAUGAAUAUAACAAAAGGGAUGCUGGACCAUCUUCUGGUACGAAGGAAGAAUCAUCAGAAUCACGGAUACGGAUAGCCCUAGACAAUGACAAAAUUGAUUUAAAGUAUGGGUUCGAAAGGGUGCGGGACACCAAAGAACGUACUGGAUAUUUAAUGAACAUGCAUACGACAGAAAUACUUGAUGAAGACAAAAGGCUGGUAGCGGCUGUGGACUAUUAUUUUAUAGAAAUGGAUGGCUCAAGGUUUAAAAUAUCCCUUACAUUCCUACCAUACUUCUUCAUUCUCGCUAGAAAGGAAUGUGAGCAGGAAGUGAUCCAAUAUUUAUCUAAGAAAUAUGCAAAUACAAUACAAAAGAUUGAACUUGUUGAAAAAGAAGAUUUAGAUCUGUUAAAUCACUUAUCAGGCUUAAAGCAAACAUACAUAAAGCUGUCCUUUAUAUCACAAAACGACAUGUCCAAAGUGAGGAAGGAACUGUUGACAGCAGCAAAUAAGAAUAAGGAAAGAGAGAAGAAAGACACAAUAUAUGCUGAGAUGUUGACAAAUGCAUUAACAAGUGCAGCAGCUAUUGAACAUGCAAAGAAGACAACUGAUCACAUGGAAAAUAUUUUGGAUAUCAGGGAGCAUGAUGUCCCAUAUCAUGUGCGUGUAUCUAUCGACAUGAAGAUAUUUUGUGGUACAUGGUACACAGUUAAAAGCAGGGGCACAGAGACACCAAUAUUCACAAAACGGGAUGAUAUCUUGGAGCGCCCAGAUCCAAUUGUACUAGCAUUUGAUAUUGAAACAACUAAGUUGCCCCUGAAAUUCCCAGACUCACAGACAGAUCAAAUAAUGAUGAUAUCAUACAUGAUUGACGGACAAGGAUAUUUAAUAACUAACAGGGAAAUUAUUUCUACUGAUGUUGAAGACUUUGAGUACACACCGAAACCAGAAUUCGAAGGACAAUUUAUAGUAUUUAAUGAAUGCAAUGAACUGGCUCUUAUACAAAAGUUCUUUGACCAUAUAAUGGAUGUCAAACCUCACAUAUUUGUUACUUACAAUGGUGACUUCUUCGACUGGCCAUUUGUCGAGGCUCGCGCGGCCAUACUGGGCUUGGACAUGAAGCAAGAGAUUGGCUUCAGUAAGAUCACUGCGAGAGACGGCACUUAUGCUUGUCGCCCAGCAAUGCACAUGGACUGUUUAUGUUGGGUGAAAAGAGAUUCAUAUUUGCCAGUGGGAUCUCAAGGUUUGAAGGCGGUGGCUAAAGCUAAGCUGAGGUACGAUCCUGUCGAGCUUGAUCCCGAAGACAUGUGCAGAAUGGCUUCUGAACAACCACAGGUGCUGUCUAACUAUUCUGUAUCAGACGCGGUGGCAACUUACUACUUGUACAUGAAAUAUGUGCACCCUUUCAUAUUUGCCCUGUGUACGAUUAUACCACUGGAGCCUGAUGAGGUCCUCCGCAAGGGUUCUGGUACACUCUGCGAGUCGCUGCUCAUGGUGGAGGCGUUCCACGCGAACAUCAUCUUCCCCAACAAGCAAGUGGACGCGCUCAACAAGCUCACGGCCGACGGUCACGUGCUCGACGCCGAGACCUACGUCGGCGGACACGUCGAGGCGCUCGAGUCAGGUGUGUUCAGAGCAGAUAUAAAAUGCAAGUUCAAAAUAGUGCCCUCAGCGAUAGAUAUGCUGAUGGAAAACACAGAGAAGACCAUGAAACACGCUAUAGAAGUAGAGGAAGGGGUACCCUUGGAUCUGGUGACGAAUUUCGACGAAGUUUGCGCUGAAAUAAAAGAGAAAUUGCAGCACAUGAAGGACCAUCCGCGACGAGACGAAAACCCACUUAUAUACCAUCUGGACGUCGGAGCUAUGUACCCUAAUAUUAUAUUGACAAACAGGCUACAGCCUUCUGCCAUGGUCGGCCCGAGUGCGUGCGCGGCGUGCGCUCACAACCGCCCCGGCGCCACCUGCCAGCGCGACAUGGAGUGGCUGUGGCGCGGCGACUUCCUGCCGGCGACGCGCAGCGAGUACCAGCGCAUCCAGCAGCAGCUGGAGACGGAGAAGUUCCCGCCGCUUCACCCCGGCGGACCGCCGCGCGCCUUCCACUCGCUCCCCAAGGAGGAACAGGCGGCAUACGAGAAGAAGCGUUUGGCGGACUACUGUAAGGUGGCGUACAAGAAAACCAAAGUGACGAGAACCGAGGUGCGGAAGACUACCAUAUGCCAGAAGGAGAACUCCUUCUAUGUCGACACAGUCAGAGCUUUCAGAGACCGUCGCUACGAGUACAAGGCGCUGAACAAACAAGCGAAGGCGCUGGUGGCUGCGGCGGUGCGCGGCGGCGACGCGGCUGAGGUGAAGUCGGCGCGGUCCCGCGAGGUCCUCUACGACUCGUUGCAGCUAGCACACAAGUGCAUCCUCAACUCCUUCUACGGUUACGUCAUGAGGCGCGGAGCCCGCUGGCACAGCAUGGAGAUGGCGGGCAUCGUGUGCUACACCGGCGCCAACAUCAUCAUGAAGGCGCGCGAGAUCAUCGAGCAGGUUGGCCGCCCGCUCGAGCUCGACACUGACGGUAUCUGGUGCAUCCUGCCAUCUUCUUUCCCGGAGAAUGUGACGGUCCACACGACACACCACAAGAAGACCAAAAUCAAUGUUUCCUUUCCCAAUGCCGUGCUCAAUGCCAUGGUCAAGGAUCACUUCACGAACGACCAAUACUACGAGCUAGUGGAUCCGGAGACAAAGAAGUAUGAGCAGCGGUCAGAGAACUCCAUCUUCUUCGAAGUGGACGGUCCGUAUCUGGCUAUGGUGCUGCCUGCGUCGAAAGAAGAAGGGAAGAAGCUAAAGAAACGAUACGCUGUGUUCAACUUCGAUGGUUCUUUGGCCGAGUUGAAAGGAUUCGAAGUAAAACGGCGCGGUGAGCUGCAACUAAUUAAGAUAUUCCAGUCUUCCGUUUUCGAGGCUUUCCUCAAAGGCAACGAUUUAAAAUCCUGCUACAGUGCCGUGGCAAAAGUUGCCGAUUACUGGCUGGAUGUGCUAUACAGUAGAGGCGCCAACAUGCCCGACUCAGAACUAUUCGAGCUGAUUUCGGAGAAUAGAAGUAUGUCCAAGAAGUUGGAAGACUAUGGUGGGCAGAAGUCCACGUCUAUAUCUACGGCGAAACGAUUGGCCGAGUUUCUAGGCGAUCAGAUGGUGAAAGACGCUGGGUUAGCGUGCAGGUUCAUAAUCUCCCGGAAACCUGAGGGUGCGCCAGUCACCGAGCGGGCAGUACCGCUCGCCAUCUUCCAAUGUGCGGCCAGCGUGAGGAGACACCAUCUGCGCCGCUGGCUGCGCGACCCGAGCGUCGCUGACGACGUUGACAUACGAGAUGUGCUGGACUGGCCCUACUAUAUAGAGCGGCUCAGCGGGGCCAUACAGAAGAUUAUUACGAUACCGGCUGCUAUGCAGGGGUUAGACAACCCAGUACCGCGAGUCCAGUAUCCGGACUGGCUCCACAAGAAGAUGCUGGCUAAGACCGACAAGUACAAGACGAGGAAGAUCACAGACAUGUUCUCCGCCAAACCCAAGGAGGUCGCCGAGGCUGAUGAUGAUACUGAAAAUAAUGGAGAUUCAGUGCUAGUAGACGUAGACAUAGAGGAUAUAGGCAAGGAGCCUUCCACGGCCGUGAUCAGGCCGCUAGUGCACACGGCGAAACGCAAACGCGAGGAGUCCCCGCCCCCCGAGGCCGCCACGUGGCGCGAGGCGCUCGGACCGCCGCCGCCCUUUGGUACUACUAAGGAAGAACGAAAAGCUUGGAUAUUAUUCCAAAAGAAGAAAUGGAUGUGGCAAAUGGAGAGACGAGGGCUUCGAAAUAGAAAUAAGCGAGGCAAAACUGAUAACGAUGUCAUACUGCCUAAAAAUACGGGCCCGACGCACACGCUUGGCGGGUUCAUACGCCGAGCGCAGCGGACGCUGCUCAACACACCGUGGCAAAUUAUACAGGUGACAGAAACUGGUGAGCCAGGUCUAUUCCGUCUAUGGGCGCUGGUGGGGACGGAACUUCAUCAGAUCAAGCUGACAGUGCCGCGCGUGUUCUACGUGAACCGCGUGAGCGCGCGCGCAUCGGAGCGUGGGCCGCACUGGCGGCGCUGCGGGCGUGUCCUACCGCGUGCGCGCCCCGCCCCCCACCUGUACCAGUACACCGUGCCCGAGCCGCUGUUCCGCGAGCGACAGCAAGAGCUGAUGAGCGAGCUAUCAGCGCCGGAGAUCGAGGGCAUAUACGAGACGCAGAUGAGCCUGGAGUUCCGCGUGCUCAUGCAGCUGGGCUGCGUGUGCACUGUCGACCCGCAGGAGGCCAGGAGAAUCAUUCAGUUCGGAUCAAACAAUACAGAUUCGUUUACAUUGAACCAGCUACAGUUCAAAAGUGUGGCGCACCAAGCGUACCUACAGAGUCAAAACGGCGUACCCCCAGUGAAGCACAUAUUCCUGUACCAGCACUCGGCUCCGAACUCGUCCCGCAGCAUGUGGGCGCUCAUACUGGGGCCGGUGAAGCGAGGAUACAUAUUCGUGCUAGACAGCGUCAAGAACAACCAGGUGCCAAACAUGAACACGCUUUACGCCGUCGAGAGGACUGCUAAGAUAAACCUGGGUACGGAUGAAUCAUCGCUGCCGGGCGCGGACAUGACGUGGGAGGUGUUCGCGGAGAGCGAGGGUCGGGGCGUGUGGCGCGGCGUGACGCGCGCGCUGGCGCGGUACCGUGACGAGCGCGCGGGGCCCACCUUGCUCGUGCUGCAGACCGCACUCUCCGCGCCCGCGCUCGUGCACCUCAUGCCAGGUCUAUCAGAGUUCCCGCUAGUACCGCUCCACGUGCGCGACGUGGACUCGCUGUACAGCGCGCUGGAGUGGCAGCGUAUCGGCGCGCGGGCCAUCGUACGACACUACCUCAACCUCGACUCCGUUAUCAACCUCACUAUAGAACAGUGCAGAUAUUUCCACGUGCCGAUCGGCAACAUGCCGGCUGACCCGACUCUGUUCGGCGCGGACCUGUUCUACGCGCGCCACCUCGUCAAACACAACUUCGUGCUGUGGUGCUCCCCCCUCGACCGCCCUGACCUCGGCGGGAGGGAGACGGACGAUAAUAGGCUAGUGAGCGAGGAGGAGGGCGGAUGCGUGGUGUCGGCGGCGGGCGCGUACGCCGGCGUCAGCGUGGAGCUGUCGUGCGACGCGCUCGCCGUGUGCGCGCUGCUGCAAGCACACGCAAUAUUGCAGGUAGAGGGCACCAGUGUGGCGACGUCAUUUGGGGCACAACACGCGAAUAUACAAGACGUCAUGGCUACCACAGGUUCAAACGCUACGGCCAACUAUGACGAGACGGCGCAGUGCGCGGCGGCGUUCCGCGUGCUGCGCGGCAUGGUGGCGGCGUGGCUGCGCGACGUGUCGCACUACAAGAACGUGUUCGCCGACUUCCAGAUAUCGCACUUCUACAGAUGGCUGAAGAGCCCGCGUGCGCUGCUGUACGAGCCAGCCUUACGACGUACUCUAUACAGUCUGAUGAAGAAACUGUUUCUCAUGCUUGUCGCGGAGCUCAAGCGGCUCGGCGCUAAGGUUGUGUACGCCGACUUCAACAAAAUACUGCUGCAUACUGGGAAGGAAAGUGUCAUGGAGGGGAUAGGCUACGUGGAGUUCGUGGUGCAGAGCAUCCGCAACAAGGAGUUGUUCCACGGCGUGGAGUUGCGGUACGCGCGCUGCUGGACGCACCUCGUGUGGCUCGACCACGCCAACUACGCCGGCAUACAGGGCCGACUACCACAAGGUCUGGUGGAGGUGGGCUCGUCGCAGGCUACUGCUGAUGAAAAUGGCGAGGGUGAAAGCGAGGGGGCGGUGAGCAUGCACUGGAACAUAGCUAACUUCCUUCCGGCGGCGGUGCGCGAGUACCUCUUGGGGGCGGUGGGCGGGUACAUCUCCGCCGCCGCCGCCCACCGCGACGCCCUGCCCGCCCUGCUCACGGGCGAGAUGGCGCAGAAGCUGUUUCAAAUAACGGAGAAGAUCAACACCCGAUGGCCGACGUUGCGGGCGGAGGACGUGGCGGUGCGUCCCGGGCUGCGGGCGGACGCGCUCGCCGGGACCACGCCCGCGCUGCUGUUCAUUACCGCGCUGUGCCGCGUGCUCGAGCUGGAUGACACUAUACAGGACGAGGUGCUAGUAGUCCGUCGUCAGUUGCUACGUCUAGUGGGCGCGGGGGAGUGGGGCGCGGCGGCGCAGUGGCGGGAGCCCGGCGCGCCGUGCCGCCUGCCCGAGGUCAGCUGCGCCGUGUGCAACCACUGCCGAGACGUGGAUCUCGCUGCCGACCCGGCUACUACAGUGGGAUAUGACCACCCUGUGCUGCUAUGUCCGUCAUGUGGGACCGCGUAUGAGAACCAGGUGCUGGAAUGGCGACUGAUAGAAACCAUGAACCGGCGCACCAUGAGCUACACCCUUCAGGACCUCGCCUGCUCCAGGUGUCAUCAGGUGAAAAGAGAGAAUCUAUCAGUGGUGUGUGAUUGUGCUGGGGAGUUUUCUCUGAUGGUGUCACUCAAAGAGAUACAACAGCAGUUAGAGACAUUAAAGACUAUAGCCCAGUAUUACAAAAUGCCAUUAUUAUUAGAACAAAUCGAAUUUAACUUAAGUAAUAUUUGAUAAGAAAUAAAAUUUGUUACUUUUU